AAAGAAAAAGGUUACAUAUUUCUCCACUGGAACGUUGUAUAGUGGCCAAGCUGCUAAUUGGAGAGAUACCGUUACUUUUGCUGUUGCUCCUGAUCCAUUCGAGCCAAAUGAAGUACCACCAAUAUGCAGUUCAUUUCAGUUAUAGAUUCUGUCCAACUGAUUUAUUUUCACCGCUGAUGAAUUGAUUACAUGUAGAGAUAUCAUGAUUCAAUAUUCGCAGAAAAUAAGGGAUUUGGGUUUUACAAUCUUUGAAUUAUUGUCAUGGGCACUAGGACUUGAUUCUUCUUAUCUCAAAGAGUUGAAUUGUGCCGAAGGACUCUCUAUUAUGGGUCACUACUAUCCACCAUGCCCUGAACCUGAAUUAACUAUCGGCACUACUAAGCAUAGUGAUUAUAGCUUCAUGACAUUACUUCUACAAGACCAACUUGGCGGUCUUCAAGUUCUUCAUGACGAUAAAUGGGUUAACGUUCCUCCGGUACAUGGAGCUCUUGUUGUAAACAUAGGAGAUCGUCUACAGCUUAUCACAAAUGACAGGUUUGUAAGUGUUAAUCACCGAGUCUUAUCACAGAACAUAGGCCCGAGAAUUUCUGUAGCAAGCUUCUUUAUGAACUCUCGUGAUCCGGAUAAAGGUAGAUCAAAGAUUUAUGGUCCUAUUAAGGAACUACUUUCAGAAGAAAACCCACCAAUCUACAAAGACAUUACUCUAAAAGUAUACUUAGAACAUUAUUUUGCAAAAGGCCUUGAUGGAAAUUCUGCUUUGGAGCCCUUCAAGUUGUGAAUUCGACAUGUGAACGUACUUUCGAUUCUCGUGGAGCUAGCCAUAAUCUAUCUAAAUAACAAGUCGCGUUUUCUGCAAUAUGUGUGAGCUUAUAUGCAUCAAGUUUCCAAGACUGGAAUAAAUGAAUUAUUAUUUAUGCCUGUUUACAUUUUCAUAACAAAUCACUUCUAAAUUAGAGUAUGUAAUGUGACUAUAUUUUGAUAUAUAAAGUAUGGUAUUGUUAUAUUCUAUGGUGUUA